UAACUGGGUACAUACUUUACCAAUACACCUACGGUCGUUAUCCACCGCGCAUGUCAAAGUAAAUGUAACGGAGGCGGUACAGAGGUGCUUGGAGUCAGGCUGGCUGACCGACACUGAAUGAGAACGCACUGAUUUUGACUUGAAAAUGAUUAAAUUUUUACCUAAACUGCUGCUGCUAGUGUUGUUAGCCUUCCCGGCGACCCUCCUUGUGAAAGGGCCGGUGGCAAACGCCCAGGAUCUGACAGAGGAUGAAGAGGCUGAAGCUGUAGAUGAAGAUGUUGUGGAUGACGCAACGGCAGAGGAUGAGGAUGAUGAAGCUGAAGUGGAAGAUGAUGAAAAUACAGAACUAACAGAAGAAAAAGAAGAUGAAGAGGAAGAAGCUUUGGUAGGGGAGGUGAAAGCUUCCCCAAACGCUGACACCACUAUCCUUUUUGUCAAAGGAGAAGACUUCCCAGCUAACAACAUCGUCAAGUUCCUGCUCGGAUUCACCAACAAGGGGUCAGAAAACUUCAUCGUGGACUCUCUGGAUGCUUCUUUCCGUUACCCUCAGGAUUACCAGUUCUACAUCCAGAACUUCACCGCUCUCCAGCUUGGCACCGUGGUUCCUUCUGGCAGACAGGCCACCUUCGAGUACUCUUUCAUCCCAGCUGAACCAAUGGGAGGGCGGCCUUUUGGACUCGUCAUCAACCUCAAUUACAAGGACAGCAGUGGAAAUGUUUUCCAGGAUGCCGUGUUCAACCAGACUGUCACCAUCACUGAGAAAGAGGAUGGACUUGAUGGAGAAACGAUCUUCAUGUACGUCUUCCUCUCAGGCCUCGGGCUUCUCGUCAUCGUGGGCCUUCACCAGCUGCUGGAGUCCAGAAAGAGGAGGCGCCCAGCUCAGAAAGUAGAAAUGGGAACUUCGAGCCACAACGACGUCGACCUAAGCUGGAUCCCUCAGGAAACACUCAACCAGAUCAUGCAGAGUCGCAGAGACAAGGCUUCUCCGAGAAGAUCUCCUCGCAAAAGGAACCAGAAGCGUUCGGCCGGCUCAGACGAGUGACGGGCGGCCGGCGCCACGGCGGCGAACCCUCAGACACCCGUCAUCACUGGAGGAGGAGGACGAGGAGGCGGACUUUGAGCUCCACCUGAGCAGACGCUGCCUGCUGAUAAACUAACCAGUGCCAAGCUCAGCGACGGCCUAAAACUAUGGACACAAACACACUCACACACACCUCAGCUCCUUUUGUUUAACAGGUUUCUGUUGCCGUCACGCGAGAGAAGGAAGGAUCGUCCUCCAGCUGACGUGUUGGGGUUAAACGGCAUUCAAGGACGGUUUUUUAGUGAGAACUGCUGACAUCAUCAUCAUGAGACAGUAUUGAUUGUGUUUUUGUUGAUUUCCUCUCACUGUGGCGUCGGACUGGAACCAUGUGGGAUUUUUCUUUUCUUUUUCCUUCGUCUUGAGCUGUUUGAGGUAAUUCUUCUUUUAUGUUGAUUUAACAGCAGAAAGCUUCCUGCAGACUGACGGUUGGUUUCAGUCCUGCCGUGUAAAGGAGCUGCGAUGACGGUCACAUGCAGUUUUUUUACUGUUUGAACUUUUUCUUUGUAGUUUGACGUUUGUAGAUACUGUCUGCAUGUUUUCUUACUUUUUUCUCUCCGUCCCUGCCUUUCAUUCACGUCUACAUUUUCCCUCCUGUUCUUUUUUAUGUCAUUGCAUUAAUAAGAGAGAAACUGUUUUCUGGUCUAAUGUUGCCUUUAAACGUGGAUGAAAGUUUGUUUGAAGCGGUAAUUUGUUUUUUGUAAAAUCAAACUUUUUUUUUUUUUUUUUUGACAUGUCACAUUUAGAAAUGAGGAAAAUCUUAAUGUAACGAAGCUUUGAGCUAAAAUGGUUUGAACAUUUACAGCCAUCAACGUCGGCUCUGGAAACACUUUCCAAACAUUCUUUAGACUAAAGCUUUAUUUAGAAAACCAGCUGGACAGAGAUGAACAUGUUCUUUAGGCACUGAUUUGACGUAACGCGGGGCUCCUGGAGCGGAUGAAGUCGGACUGAACUCAGUCCUGCUGCAGCUCCUCGUGUACAUUCAUCCAGCUGUGCAGCUCCAGACGUUGAACUGAGUUACAUACGUUAUUCAUCCCGUAGGGGGCAGAGAUUUUAGCUGUGAGGGAAAUGAAGCAGGUGGGUCAGCAGAAACGAUUAUUCAGAGAUUUUAAAAACACCUUUAACUCGGACUCCACCGGUUGAAGAGUCGCCGGGCUGUCACUGUGUCAUGUUUAUAUUAAGGUUUAAGACCCAUCCUGACACCUGAACAGUUUGGGUUUGCGUCGUCUCUCUUUGUAUAUUUGUUUACUUUUGGCUUCCUUCCUCCAGCAGCUUGUUUGAAAUCAGAAACAUGAGCUGGUGAGUUUUUUUCUUUGGUUUGUAGAAAUGUAAAACUGGCUGAAGCACUGGUGUAAAUACUGGUUGAUGGAGGCUGAGCUGAGGGUGGAAUUGCCCAGCUAAUUUAUGGAGCAUCAGAUUGGUCUUGCUGGGUUUUUUUAGUGUAGUUCCUCUGAUUUACCACCAGGGGGCAUCGCUGACUGAAGGCCAGCAGGUACCGUUGGUGGCUUCUGCCUAAACUUGUGAUUUACAGUCAAACUUGGUUGUUUUGAGAACAGCUGAGUUCAGACUUUGACCUGCUGUGCUGGUUUCAGUUGAUUGGUUAAAGAGUCCAGCAAACAGCAGAAACUAAAUAACGUUAAAUCUUGAUGCCACUCCCGUAUCCCCAGAGAGCCGAGCUGAUGGGUUGUUUUUUUUUCUAAAAUCUUGGGGCUAUUAUUCAUAGGUACAAACUUGUACUUUAAUUUUGCUUUUAAAUGUGCAGGAAAAUAAACUUGGAUGAUUUGCUGUA